AUGUCUAAACUCAAAGUGGCACUGAUUCAGCUCUAUUCCAAGAGUCUCGAUGUGGAGGGCAACUACGCCAAAGCCGAGUCCUUUAUCCGCGCCGCCGCCGCGCAGGGGGCCCAGCUCGCCGUGCUGCCCGAGUACCACCUGCAGGGCUGGGUCGGCUCCCGCGACGUCCUGCUCCCGUGCGCCGCGCAGUCGGCGACGUACCUCGCGCGCUACCAGGCGCUCGCGCGGGAGCUGCAGCUGUGCAUCGUCCCGGGGACGCUCCUCGAGGACCACUCGUCGCCCUCGGACGCGCACGACGAGCCGCCCAUUGCCAACGUCGCCUACUUCAUCGGCCCGGACGGCGCCAUCUGCGGGCGCUACCACAAGCGCAACCUCUGGCACCCGGAGAAGCCGAUCCUGCGCGCGCCGGCGGCGGGCGCGGCGCCGCACCACGUCGCCUUUGACACGCCCCUGGGCGUCCGCGCGGGCAUGCUCAUCUGCUGGGACCUGAGCUUCCCCGAGGCGUUCCGCGCGCUGGCGGCCGACGGCGCGCGGCUGGUGAUUGUGCCGUCGUUUUGGGUCGCGCGGGACACGGACGAGCCGGUGAACCCCGUCAACCCGCGCGCGGAGCAGCUGUUUCUGGACACCAUGUGCGUGGCGCGCGCGUUUGAGAACAGCUGCGCGAUUGUGUACGUCAACUGCGGCGGCGCGGCGGCGGCGGAGCAGGACGUGAAGGAGGGGUACGAUGCCGAGGGCAGGGAGCACGCGGGCGUGUCGCAGGCCGCGAUGCCGAUGCUGGGCUCGCUGGGCCGGCUGGGGCACGGCAGGGAGGGCAUGAGCGUCGUGGAGCUGGACUUGGGCCUUUUGGACGUGGCGGAAAAGGCGUACAAGCCGAGAGACGACAUGGAGAGGCGAGGGUGGAAGUACGAUGCGGAUGUGAGCGGCAUCUGGCGAACACAGGACUUGUAA